AUGUCGAAACGGUCAUAUCCUAGUGGAUCUGAAAAAAGGAAAAAAGCUCUACAUCAGAAAGAAGUAAUUGAAAAGUUACCAAAAUUAACAUCAUAUUUUACUACUACUACUGGAGAAACUUCUGUAAGUAGCAAUCAACUCAUAAAUGUUCCACAUGAUGACUCAGCUCAAUUACAAAUUGCGGGAAUUUCUAAACCUUCAUGUUCCAAUUUUGAAAAAGAGAUUGAAUCAGAAAGCGACUAUUCCUACGACGAAAGUGCAACGACUUCAGUGACUUCACUAAAACCGACAACUCCAACUGUGUCAAUUGAACAGCAGUUUUCCAACACAGAAGAAUUAAUAUCGCACGAUCCCGCCGAUUAUUUUCACGAAAAGUUUGUUGAAAUAAAUCGCGAAAUUUUAAUUCGUAAGGGACCAGUAUAUUUUCAAAAUAAAGAUUCUGACUUUUCCGAGGCAUCCAGAACAUACAAAGAUGGUAAUAAAUUAGUAACGAGAUAUUUCAACAAAGCAUUAUUUAUUCGCAAAUUAAAGAACAAUGAAAGCGUCGAAAGAAAAUGGUUGCUGUAUUCGCCUUCCAAAUGCUCUGUAUUUUGUUUUUCAUGCUGCUUAUUUAACCCAACUGAUGUUAAUCUUUGCUCUCGGAAUGGAUGUAAUGAUUGGAAGCAUAUUAAUCACAUAAUUUUAACACAUGAAAAUAGCCCAGCGCAUAAGCAAUCUAUGAUGACUUAUCUGGCACGAAGUAAAGCGGUUGGUAGAGUAGAUAUAGACUUAUUAUCUCAACAUCAAAAGGAAGUGGAUUACUGGAGAAACGUACUUAAACGGAUUGUAGCUGUUGUAAAAUUUUUGGCAUCGAGAGGGCUUCCAUUUCGCGGCGACAAUGAAAUCCUAGGAUCUCCAAACAAUGGAAAUUAUUUGGGUUGUGUGGAAUUAUUGAGUGAAUUUGAUCCAUUUCUUGCAGAUCACUUAAAAAAAUUUGGGAAUCCUGGAAAGGCAAAAUAUUUUUCCAUAAGCGUUGACAGUACGCCCGAUCUGUCUCAUAUUGACCAGCUAACUUUCAUCAUUCGAUACGUAAAAGACUGUGUUCCUGUUGAAAGGUUUUUGAAAUUUAUACCUAUUAAAGAACAUAAAUCUAAGUAUUUAGCGGAGACCAUCUUAAAUUUUUUAGAGAUACAUGAUAUUCCCAUAAAAGAUUGCAGAGGACAAAGCUACGACAAUGCUUCAAAUAUGUCGGGAAAGUAUAGUGGUCUACAAACAAGAAUCAAGGAAAAAUGUGAAUUUGCCACCUUUAUACCAUGUGCAGGACAUUCACUAAACUUGGUAGGUGUCCAUGCUGCUGGGUGUGUACCGGAGGCAUCACAGUUUUUUGAAAUAGUUCAGAAAGUGUACAACUUUUUUUCGGGCUCUACCCACAGAUGGAAUAUGUUAACAGAACAUUUAGGUUCAAAAAAAGUUGUUAAGAGUCUUUCACAAACCAGAUGGUCAGCCCGAGCUGAUGCAGUAAGUGCUUUGCAUGGGGGUUAUAAAAGAAUAUUAGAAGCUUUAAUCACCAUCGCAAACGAUACUGAACAGGCACGAGAAACAAGAGACGAAGCCCUUAGUCUGUCUAGAAAAAUGGGAAAUCUAGAAUUUAUUAUACUGACGGAAAUCUGGAGCACUAUAUUGGAAAGAAUAGACAAAACAAGUAAUUAUCUUCAGAAAGAAACAAUAACACUGGACGUUGCAACCAAUUUGUUGACUUCACUUUAUGAUUUUAUUACUAACCUCAGGGAUAAAUUUGAUAACUUCGAAUCAUCUGCCAAAGAAAAUAACCCAGAAUCUGACUACAAGGAUCUAUCUCAAAGAACAAGACGUAGAAGCUCACGGCAGAGUUUUUUUGAUGGCUCUGCGCCAUCAGUCCAAUUGAAUGGAAAAGAGCGAUUCAACGUAGAAACCUUUCUCCCAAUAAUCGAUACCUUGAGUGUUCAUCUAAAACAGCGACAAAGUUCAUAUGAGAUCGUCAGUCAACGUUUUAGUUUAUUUUUUCACUUAAAAACUCUGAAUUCCGAAGAGAUACGACAAGGAUGCAAAGAAUUUUCUCAAAUCUAUCACGAAGAUGUAAAUGAAAAAGAGUUAGAAAUAGAAUGUCAACAUUUAAAAGAAUACUUAAUAAAUGUUCAGAGUGAAAAUGAAGCAUCUAACAGUGUACAGGAAGUAUAUAAUCUAUUAAAGCAAAACAAAAUUGAAGACACAUUUCCUAACGUAGAAAUUGCAUUGAGAAUAUUUUUAAGCAUGAUGGUAACUAACUGCAGCGGAGAACGCUCCUUCUCCAAAUUGAAACGAAUAAAAAAUGAAUUAAGAAGUACAAUGCUUCAAGAGAGAUUAAAUAGUUUGUCGCUGAUGUCCAUAGAAUGUGAUAUUCUCAAUACCAUAGAUUUUGAAGAAGUGAUUAACGAUUUUGCUCAUCUUAAAUCUAGAAGGGUACCUUUGCAAUCAACAUAG